CGGUUUGAUGAGUGGGUCAGUGGUGAGUAUCAGCGGCGAGGACAAAGCCUUGUCAUUCCGAUGCUCAGCGAUUCUGGUAUCUUCUGAUAAACCAACUUGUUCAUUUUCCGUUUUCCUUCCGGUUGCUUCAUUUACAUUUACCGUUUCUCGAUUCCUAGUUCAGACUACUCAGAAUUGAAAAGGGUAUACAGUUCUUUGGCCACUUUCUGCCUUAGCUUCAGAUUCUGGUUCCCGAGCCUCCAAACUGAAAAUUUCACAGCACCACCUAACAGUUUAGCUUGUUUCUAAGGGUCGGAAGUUCUGUCGGCGGUAACAAUAGUAACUUGGGUUUUUUUUUCUAAAGAUAUGGACAGAAUCAGUGGGUUAUCAGAUGAAGUGCUUAUUAAGAUAUUAAUGUUUGUUCCGACCAAAGUUGCUGUAUCCACUAGCUUAUUGUCGAAACGAUGGGAGUAUCUUUGGAUGUGGUUGCCUAAACUUGAGUACCGUAGUAGAUAUGAUUUACCUUCUGAAUGCAUGAGGUUACAGUGUUUUCUUGACAAAAAUCUGCCAUUACAUAGAGCUCCGGUUAUUGAAAGCUUCCGUCUUGUCUUAAGUAGUACAAAUCUUGAAUCUGAGAGUAUCAAGCUGUGGGUGGUUAUAGCAGUUUCACACUGCGUACGUGAGCUGGAGAUUAUUUAUUUUUCAUUUCCGGAGAAGCCAAACAUAUUGCCGAGUAACUUGCAUACCUGCAAAUCGCUCGUGAUCUUGAAACUCAAUGGCGAGAUUCUCUUGGAUGUUCCUCGAAUGGCUUUUCUUCCCUCUCUGAAAACUUUGCAACUUCAAAGUGUGAAUUACUUCAAUGAUGAAUCUCUUCAACGGCUUCUAUCUAAUUGCCCUGUUCUUGAAGAUCUAUCGGUUUAUCUACUUGAGGAUGACAGAAUGGGAAAGCUAACUGUUGUUGUCCCAUCUUUGCAGAGUUUAUCACUCUUUAUACCUUAUUGUUAUGAUAUAGAUGGGAUUGUGAUAGAAACUCCUUCUUUAAAGUAUUUUAACCUUAAAGAUGAUAAUGAUAAGAGUCACUUCUAUUUGGUUGAGAAUAUGCCUAAUCUGAUCGAGGCAUAUGUAGCUGUUGAAAUACCUAAUAUCAAGAGUCUAAUUGGAUCAAUCACAUCCGUCAAGAGCCUUGCAAUAUGUUCAGAGGCUAUGUAUGAUGAAGGUUUUGUCUUCAACCAGCUUAAACAUCUGAAGCUAUGUAGAUGCAAAAAGCAUUCUUCGGAUUUACUUGUCCGACUGCUCAAAGACUCUUCUAACUUACAAGGACUAGACCUUUUCGAAAUGGAUUAUCAUGAGAAAAAUGGCAUGGUUUACUGGAAUCAACCAAGUACUGUUCCUGAAUGUAUAUUGUUGAGUGUAACUCUCAACUGGUCGGAUUACGCAGGAACACCAGAAGAGAGAGAUCUUGCAGUUUAUAUUUUGAAGAAUGCUGUUCACUUAAAGACUACAACAAUCACGUCAUUGGAAUGGGAUGUUCCAAAAUUUGAGAUGAUAAAGGUGGCACUUUCUUCUAGAGCUUCAACCAGUUGCCAACUCAUGUUUGAUUGAGUAUUUGAUCAUUAAAAUUGGGCUUGUUCAUCACUUCAUCUAUGUGCCCCGAUUCGUAUGGUUUGGUUUGGCAUCAACUCUGAAAACUUGUUAUCGACAACAAACUUUUUUCUAUGUUUAUACAGUUGUCCACCAAAAACCAACUUAUGUUGAUUGGAGCUAAGUUAUAUGAUAAGUUUUAAUAGUU